GCAGGCAUUAUUCAUGAAUCAUGCGGGAGAAGACGCGUUUUUUCCCGUAUCUCCUCCUUGUGCCUGUAUUCCGAUAUGUGACUUGUCUCGACGCCUCAGUGAUUCAAAUCUCCGCGUCUUACGGCUUUCAAGAAGCCGCUCCGAAAAAGUUCCACAACGGGACGCAAAUGUUCAUAGUUUUGUCAAUGACAGACGUGAACAUCAGUUGUGCAGUGUCUGGAGCUGAACUGGUUGGAGCCAGUGUUCCUAGAUAUCUAGUGACGUGGACUCUGCCUGAAGCCCGACACGCAUCAGAUGGACGAGUGACGAACUUUUCGACGAGUCCUUUGCAAAAUGAACGAGUGUUGUUGUUGAGAAAUGCGACGAGGGAUGACGACGGGUUGUAUCGGUGUGAGGCCCGUGUCAGUUCUGACGACGGGAUUGAGCAGGUUUUAGCGCAGAACGUCAGGCUUUACGUCAUCAAAAAUCCGAACGUGUGCAACGAGAACUGGUUCCGGUGUCACGGGAAAAAGUCCUGCAUUCACCCCAGGUACAUUUGCGACGGCCAAGAGGACUGCAACGAGCCGUCGGACGAGGCCAUGGACGUAUGCGGACGUCCCUGCGACGGCAAGGUGUAUUGCAGCGAGGAAGGACGGUGUUUGUCGCCGGAAUUUUGUUGCCCCGGAUUGUUGAGUAACCAGUGCACGCCGGACAUUUGCUGCAAUUUCCAGCUCCAAUUGCACGCGAAUUUCUCGGUGCACGGCGACGUUGGCAGGACUGGGCGGAACUGGAAAGAAGGCCUGGAUGCGUCGAAUCUCGAGUACAUGCAGACUUAUAAAUUUAUUGUCAUGGUGUAUAGAGUGCAGAUCAUUGCUGGGCAAUACGUUGCUCCUCCGCCGAGUUACAAUGAAGCUGUGCAGGCUGGUGGUGGUAGUAAUAGUGGGAACAAUAGCAGGAGGCAUCAGCAGUUGAGACAAGAGUGGUCGCAGUCUGCAUUCGUGCCUUUGUUGAGGGAUGAAAUGGGCCCACCGCCGCCCUACGCGUCCAGGGACACGUUGGCAGGACUGGGAGCAGUUGCCGACAUCAACCAAAACAACGUCGAGUCCAUAGAAGAGAACAACAAUCAUUUGCCGAGUCGACUUGAUGAGCUAGUCGAGGAAUAUGCUAUGUUCUUAGCAAACUUUCGGAAGGAGAUCCGGGAAGAUGGACUUGGGAUCGCCAGGGCGGGCUCGGACCGCCGCCACCGCCCCCGAGGCGGCUCCAUCACCGGCGAAAGCAUCGGAGAACGGAAAACGUUUCAAGAGGCGUGUUUCAAGUGGAACCUGGGUCGUCCGAGUCGGGCUACGAAACGGGUGCUCAAGUUCAUCCUGGGCUCUGGGUUCACGGUUCUUGCCCUGGGGCUGUCUCUGUCCAUAGUUGGCUUCGUCAUCUCUGAAGAGGCAGCCUCGAAACGGAGCGAGGCUUGA